UUUCCUUCAUGAAAUGUAUAAAAGGUGGUCCUAUUGAAUUUUCUUAAUCUGCUGGAUUCUAUCAACAUGUUCAGAUUCAUCUUCUUGGUUACGCUGCUAGCAAACUCGAUUUGGGGCGCACCCCAGUCCGCGCGAAACGGUACAGACCUAGAUGGCAGAAUUGUUGGUGGAACCGACACCACCAUCGAGGCUCAUCCGUACAUCGUAUCCCUCCUGGAAUUUAAUUCGCACAUUUGCGGUGGAUCUAUCAUAUCCUCCACCUGGAUCCUUACCGCGGCCCACUGCAUAGAAGAACCAGUUUCUGCCUAUUCCAUCCGAGCAGGAUCAACCGUCCGUAACUCCGGAGGGCAAGUGAUCGCUGCCAGCAGGAUUAUUCUCCACCAAAGCUUCAGUUGGAACACUCUAGACUACGACGUUGCUGUCAUCCAACUUGCCAGCCCCAUCACCAUCGCGGUAGCUCGUGCUAUCACCAUGGCAGCGGAAGGUGGUCCACCAGCAGCCGGAUUGACCGCCACUAUCACCGGAUGGGGACUUCUCACGGAACAAGGACCUUUGGCCACUGUCUUGCAAGUCGUCCAGGUGCCCAUCAUCAGCCAGGCCAACUGCCGUGCUGCUUAUGGUCAGAAUUCGGUAACUGACAGGAUGUUCUGUGCUGCGGUGUUGGGAGUCGGGGGAAGAGACGCCUGCCAGGCCGAUUCCGGUGGACCGCUGAUUGCCAACGGAGUUCUUACUGGUGUCGUCUCCUGGGGUGUUGGUUGUGCUCGACCCAACUCCCCUGGAGUAUACGCCAGCGUGCCCAAUCUUAGAGCUUGGAUAAGAACCAAUAGUGGUGUAUGAGAUACUCUGAAUCUGAUUUUAUUUUUAAUAAAAUGUAUUUAAAAUUAAA